UAAUAAUGAAUAAAUACGCCAUCGUUUCUCUAGCCCUCAUGGCAAUUGCAUCGGCUGCUGAGAUAUUGCAAGCUCCAAGUUUUGAAACAGUCAAAGUAAGUCCAGACGGCAGUGUAGUUCACGAUGUGACAUAUGGAGGAAAUGUGGUUGGAGGUGUUUCACCAAUUGUAGGCAGUUAUUAUAUUCCCACCGUGAGAUACACUAACGUUGGAGGAUUGAUCAAUAAUGGAUAUGGAGUUGUAAAUGUAAUUCCUACCAAUUCAGUUCCUGUUGCAACAGGGAUUCAAGGACCUAGUGUAAGAACUGUAAUCGCAGGUCCUGAUGGAAGCUCGAUUGACAGUUUUGCAUCCGGAAGUGUUUUAUCAGAUGAUGCAUCGGUCUUAGUUGCUCCAUCUGUUCAAACUUUUUAUAAAUAUGCUGACAAUUUAGCUGUUUCACCUUACGUUGUACCAACUGUAGAUCCUGGAUCCAAAUCCUAUUAUGCACCUGGAUAUUACUCUGGCUUUGUUCCCCUUCCUUAUAGUGGUUCAGUAGUCUCUGGUCCAUCUGGUACGAUUGUAUCGAAUUAAAAAAGAAAUUGAAUGGUUUUAAGUUGAAUUGCUAGCAGAAAAUGGAUUCCCCGUGAAGAACAACUAAAAUUCUUUUGACCAUAGU